CUUGUGUAUUUUGUAGAUAGACGGGGAGAAGUGUCAUGCAAUAAAACAGAAAGUCAGGAAGCUUUAUAAUUAAUAGAAGAUACAAGAGCGUCAUUAUACUUUUGUCUACAUUGAACUGCCUUAUUUUGCGCAUGAUAAAAUACUACCUUUGGACCCACAGCUCUGUCUAUGAAUUUAAAAGUGGACAUUUAUAGCACCUUGAGGGAUAGUCUGUUAGUGCAAGACGUUGGGGGGUUUUCCCAGGGCAGACAUGCAGGGAACGGCACUGACAGCCAAGUUGCGUAGGUGGCAGCGGAACUAUAAAUUCAGAUGUAUUUUAUUAAGAAGAUAUAUUUUGUUACUUUAGACUUCGUAGUCGUGGUUUGAUAUGGAGACGUGCGCAAGGAACUGCGAGAUUCCUGAAGACACCGUGAUUUCAAUGGCGCAGCAAGAGACUGUUUUUAUUUUGCUCAAACACUGUCAAGAAAUGAAGCGACAGGAGAGUCGCUGGCGUCUUGUCACGUUAUUCUUGGUUCUGGGCUGUGCAGCUGUAUUUUUCUUUACGCAGCGUGUGAUCAGAGACUGUAAUGAGAAGGAUACAUUCACAACUGCAGAAAACUCAAGACAGCAAGCUAUAGAUCGUCAAGGACAGAAUCUGAAGCCAAACGCUCACCUGACAACAUCAUCAAGCUGCAACUCCGUGCCUAAAGACUACAUCCAAUGGGAACACCAGGACAACGGCUUGGUGCACAUGCAGAAUUUCACCUAUGACGAGAACAAGCAAGCUCUGGUUGUCCCUCAGGAAGGCCGAUACUUUGUCUACGUGGGGGUCAACUUUCGAAUGCCGGAUAAGGACAAGGUAUCUGGCAAGGUCCAUUUUCUUAGCCUGAAAGUCCUGAAAUACUCCAAUAGCUAUGAAAAUAAUUGGCCUAUCAUGGAAGUCAAGGAUAGCAUACCAGAUGAUAGGAGAGGAGAGAGAAGGACAAUGUACACAGGACAGGUGGUCACUCUGGAGGAAGGGGAUCUCCUGAUGGUGUCCAUUGAUGAAGACAAUUAUGAACUGAUUGACUGUUCGGCAGAGACCACCAUGUAUAUUGGUGCUUUUCUCCUCUAGACAAGGAGAACGUGACUAUACCAAAAAUAUGCAGUCUUUGUGGAUUUUUUGUUAUUUAUUUCCAUGCUUUUAGUAAGACCAAGGCACAUUUUAAAAUCCUUGUGGAUACAAUACAUCUGUAACAUGCAGGUAUUAGUUAAGGCUUUCCUUCUGACAAAAAAUGACCUUGUUAAUGUUUUAGUAAAUGUAUUCACGUAUUAAUUUCAUAAUAUGUACUGUUCCUUUCUUGAUCAAGAAUAAUUAAAUUGUUUAUUUAAAUUAACUUAUGAUUUUAGAGUGGGGUCAAUUCCUAACUUGAGAUGCAUGCACAACUCAAACUUUUGCCUAAUUCUUUAACGCAUGAGUUUUGUGCAAGAGUCCAGGUAUGAUUUGACCCUUGGGCUACAGCCAUACAGAGACAUAUGAAAAUGCAUGGGCAUUCAUCAUUGUAUUUCUUUGUCCCUCAAAACUCAAGUCAAUUAUUUACAGACGAGUUGCUUACGCACACAGGUUGAUAUACUGUGCGUUCUUUAGUGGAUGAUGGACAAUCAUAUUUGUUGUCCGUCACCUGUCAAUGGAUUACUCCCAUAGAAACCAAUUGGCUCAAUUCGCAUUUUUCUAACACAAAAUCUCUGUGUGGCUGUAGCCCUAGGGAGAGGUAUUAAACUCCCUUUACUGUAUGUUAUUCUGUCUGGAGGCACCACUUCAUAGGUUUUAUGUUAUUCUGUCUGGAGGCACCACUUCAUAGGUUUUAUG